AUGCGGAGCAGGAGCAAUUCCGGGGUCCGCCUGGACGGCUACGCGCGCCUCGUGCAGCAAACCAUCCUAUGUUACCAGAAUCCUGUCACAGGGCUGCUGUCGGCCAGCCAUGAACAGAAGGACGCCUGGGUGCGGGACAACAUCUAUAGCAUCCUGGCCGUGUGGGGCCUGGGGAUGGCCUACCGCAAGAAUGCAGACCGGGAUGAGGACAAGGCCAAGGCCUAUGAGCUUGAACAGAACGUGGUGAAACUGAUGCGGGGCCUUCUCCAGUGCAUGAUGAGACAGGUGGAGAAGGUGGAGAAGUUCAAGCACACGCAGAGUACCAAGGACAGCCUGCACGCCAAGUACAACACUGCCACCUGCGGCACUGUGGUGGGCGACGACCAGUGGGGCCAUCUCCAGGUGGAUGCCACCUCCCUCUUCCUCCUCUUCCUAGCCCAGAUGACCGCCUCAGGCUUACGUAUUAUUUUUACCCUUGAUGAGGUGGCCUUCAUACAGAACCUUGUUUUUUACAUAGAAGCUGCAUAUAAAGUUGCUGAUUAUGGCAUGUGGGAACGUGGCGAUAAGACGAACCAAGGCAUACCAGAAUUGAACGCAAGCUCUGUUGGAAUGGCCAAGGCAGCACUUGAGGCCAUUGAUGAACUGGACCUUUUUGGAGCUCAUGGAGGACGCAAGUCAGUGAUCCACGUCCUGCCGGAUGAGGUCCAGCACUGCCAGUCCAUCCUGUUCUCCAUGCUACCAAGAGCGUCGACGUCUAAAGAAAUCGACUCCGGGCUGCUUUCCAUUAUUUCUUUCCCAGCCUUUGCAGUGGAAGACAUGAACCUUGUGAACGUGACCAAAAAUGAAAUUAUUUCCAAGCUCCAGGGCCGUUACGGAUGUUGCCGCUUCCUUCGAGAUGGCUAUAAAACUCCGAGAGAGGACCCAAACCGAUUGCAUUAUGAUCCUGCAGAACUCAAGCUCUUUGAAAACAUCGAAUGCGAGUGGCCUGUCUUCUGGACAUACUUCAUAAUUGAUGGAGUCUUCAGUGGAGAUGCUGUUCAGGUCCAAGAGUACCAAGAGGCCCUGGAGGGCAUACUGAUCGGAGGCAAGAACGGAAUCCACCUUAUGCCGGAGCUGUACGCCAUCCCCCCUAGCAAGGUGGACGAAGAGUAUAAGAACCCUCACACUGUGGACAGAGUGCCUCUAGGGAAGCUGCCCCAUCUGUGGGGUCAGUCGCUAUACAUCCUCGGCUUGCUGCUGGCAGAGGGAUUCCUUGCCACUGGUGAAAUUGAUCCCUUAAAUAGAAGAUUUUCCACUUCAGCCAAACCUGAUGUUGUAGUACAAGUGGCUGUUUUGACCGAAAACAAUCAAAUUAAGGAGCUGUUGAGGAAACAUGGGAUAAACGUUCAGAGUAUUUCUGACGUCUAUCCCAUCCGCGUUCAACCUGGCCGGAUCCUUAGCCACAUAUAUGCCAAGCUUGGACGCAACAAGAAUAUGAAAUUGAGCGGGCGACCCUAUCGACACAUUGGCAUCCUUGGUACAUCUAAGCUCUACGUGAUUAGGAACCAGAUCUUCACUUUCACCCCUCAGUUCACUGACCAGCAUCAUUUCUACCUGGCCCUGGACAACGAGAUGAUCGUAGAGAUGCUACGUAUCGAGCUGGCCCACCUGUGCACCUGCUGGCGGAUGACGGGCCGACCCACACUCACCUUCCCCAUCACCCACACGAUGCUAACAAAUGACGGCUCAGACAUUCACCCUGCUGUUCUUUCUACGAUCAGAAAACUAGAAGAUGGCUACUUUGGAGGAGCGAGAGUGAAGUUGGGGUUCCUUUCGGAUUUUCUCACCACCUCAUUCUACACGUACCUGACCUUCCUGGAUCCCGACAGUGAGGAGAAGUUGUUUGAUGACAUCAGCGAAGGAACCACCAGUCCCGACAGUGACGCUGACAUGGGAGGGUUUUUAGAAGACACCUGUAGAAGAGACAGCCAGGAUGACCUUGACCAGUAUAUCAACCACCUGCUGCAGAGCACAUCUCUGAAGUGCUACCUGCCGCCUCUUUGUAAGAAGACAGAAGAGUGCCAUGUUUUCAGUGCCGUCCACUCUACUCGGGAUAUACUUUCCGUCAUGGCAAAGGCAAAGGGUUUGGAAAUUCCGUUUGGUUCCAUGGCAUUGCCCAACAGUGUCCUGAGUACCCACCGGAAGUCGCUGAAUCUGGUUGAUUCUCCGCAGCCACUUCUCCAAAAGCCUCCUGAAAGUCCUUUCCAGUGGCCCCAAGAUGACCAUGGUGAUGUGGACUGCAUGAAGCUGAUUGAGCAGCUGAAAGAUUGUUCCAACCUCCAGGACCAAGCAGACAUCCUGUAUAUUCUUUAUGUAGUCAAGGGCCCUGCCUGGGACACAAACCUCUCGGGGCAGCAUGGCGUCACCGUUCACGUCCUCCUCAGCGAACUGUACGGGAAAGCUGGCUUGAACCAGGAGUGGGGCCUAAUCCGCUACAUCUCUGGCCUGCUUAGGAAGAAAGUGGAGGUGCUGGCGGAGGCCUGCACGGACCUGCUGUCGCACCAGAAGCAGCUCACCGUGGGCCUGCCCCCUGAGCCCCGUGAGAAGAUCAUCUCUGCGCCCCUCCCCCCAGAGGAGCUCACCAGACUCAUCUACGAGGCCAGCGGGCAGGACAUCAGCAUCGCUGUCCUCACCCAGGAAAUCAUAGUCUACUUGGCCAUGUAUGUCCGGGCCCAGCCCAGCCUCUUCGCGGAGAUGCUCCGACUGCGGAUUGGACUCAUCAUCCAGGUGAUGGCUACGGAGCUGGCGCGGAGCCUCAACUGCUCAGGAGAAGAAGCUUCUGAAAGUUUGAUGAACCUCAGCCCUUUUGAUAUGAAAAGUCUGCUGCACCAUAUUCUCAGUGGGAAAGAGUUCGGUGUUGAAAGAAGCGUGCGACCUAUCCACUCUGUCACAUCAAGCCCUGCCAUCUCCAUCCACGAGGUGGGACACACGGGAGUCACCAAAACAGAGAGGAGUGGCAUCAGCAAGCUGAGGAGCGAGAUGAAGCAGAUGACUCGGCGGUUUAGUGCUGACGAACAGUUCUUUUCCGUGAGCCAGGUCAUGGCGAGCACCGCGCAUCCCUCCAAGUCAACGAAGUCCAGCACCCCAUCGUCACCCACAGGCACAUCUUCCUCAGACUCGGGAGGCUGUCACGUCAGCUGGGGGGAGCAGCAGGGCCAGUGGCUGCGCAGGCGCAGGCUGGAUGGGGCCAUUAACAGAGUCCCUGUGGGCUUCUACCAGAAGGUGUGGAAGAUCCUCCACAAGUGCCACGGCCUCUCCAUUGAUGGCUAUGUCCUCCCCGCCUCAACGACACAAGAGAUGACCCCACAUGAGAUCAAGUUCGCUGUCCACGUGGAGUCGGUGCUGAACCGUGUGCCUCAGCCCGAGUACCGACAGCUGCUGGUGGAAGCAAUCCUGGUGCUGACAUUGCUCUCAGACACGGAGACGAACAGCCUAGGGGGCAUCAUCCAUGUGGACCAGAUCGUGCAGGCGGCCAACCAGCUGUUCCUGCAGGACCAGAUGGCCAUGGGCACCCUGGACAACCUGGAGCAAGACCAAGCCACUGGGAUUUGUCACUACUUUUACGACAGUGCCCCCAGUGGGGCCUAUGGCACCAUGACCUACUUAACAAAAGCAGUAGCCUCCAGUUUGCAGGAGUUGCUGCCCAGCACCGGCUGCCAUGUGCAGUAG